AUGGUCCACGCAGUCGUCCUCGGUGCCGCUGGCGGUAUUGGCCAGCCCGUCUCGCUUCUCCUCAAGACGAACCCACUCAUCACAAAGCUCUCUUUGUUUGAUAUCGUCAACACACCAGGCGUUGCCGCCGAUCUGUCCCACAUCUCGACACCCGCAAAGGUCGCCGGGUACCUCCCACCCGACGAUGGCCUCAAAAAGGCACUCGAGGGUGCAGAGAUCGUUGUUAUUCCGGCUGGUGUACCGAGAAAGCCAGGAAUGACCCGAGAUGAUCUUUUCAAGAUCAAUGCGGGAAUUGUUCGUGACCUCGCUACGGCAAUUGCGACAACAGCUCCCAACGCAUUCGUCCUCGUCAUCUCGAAUCCGGUCAACUCGACUGUGCCCAUCGUCGCAGAGGUCUUUAAGAAGCACAACGUCUACAACCCAAAGAGAAUAUUUGGUGUGACCACCCUCGACGUUGUGCGUGCAUCGACCUUCCUCGCUGAAGUCAACGGCGAUGUUUCCGCUGCACCAAAUGUGACCGUCCCCGUACUUGGAGGUCACUCUGGCGUGACAAUCCUCCCCAUUCUCUCCCAAGCCAAACCCUCUCUCUCCGCCAACCUCGCACAAACCGACGUCGAGGCACUCACCAAGCGCAUCCAAUUCGGUGGUGACGAAGUCGUAAAGGCCAAGGAUGGUGCUGGAUCCGCUACGCUCUCCAUGGCCUAUGCCGGCGCAGAAUUUGCUUCCAAGAUUCUCAAUGCCGUCAAGGGCUCUGGCGAGGAAAUCGUCACUCAGACGUACAUUUCCCUCGAGGCAGAUCCAGAGGGUGCCAAAAAGGUCACCGAGGAGAUUGGCACAUCGCUAGAAUACUUCUCCGUCUCUGUCAAACUCGGCCCCAAUGGUGUCGAGAAGAUUUUGCCCAUUGGCGACCUCAACGACUUUGAAAAGGGUCUCCUCAAGGCUGCCAUUCCCGAGCUGCAAGAUAACAUUGCCAAGGGAUGCAACUUCAUCACGGCACCAAAGCUCUAG